AUGUCUUUCGGAGGCCAAACACCGACGAUUAUCGUCCUAAAAGAGGGGACCGAUGCCUCGCAGGGCAAGGGCCAGAUCAUCUCCAACAUAAACGCCUGUCUAGCAGUGCAGGCCACGAUAAAGUCCACCUUGGGCCCCUAUGGCGGCGAUCUAUUAAUGGUGGAUGCGAACGGCCGACAGACCAUCACAAACGAUGGAGCAACCGUCAUGAAGCUCUUGGACAUUGUCCACCCCGCCGCCCGAAUCCUCGUCGACAUUGCGCGGUCACAAGAUGCCGAAGUGGGCGACGGCACCACGUCGGUGGUUGUCUUGGCUGGCGAGAUCCUGAAGGAGACCAAAGAGCACGUCGAGCAGGGUGUCAGCUCACAAAUCAUCAUCAAGGGCCUGAGGAGAGCUGCGACCAUGGCCGUCAACAAGAUUAAGGAGAUCCAGGUCAACACCAGCGAAUCGAACCGGAGGGACACACUACUGAAGCUGGCUGGUACCGCCAUGACAAGCAAGCUGAUCAAGCGGAACACGACCUUCUUCACGAAGAUGGUUGUCGACGCUGUCCUCUCCCUCGACCAAGACGACCUGGACGAGAAGUUAAUAGGCAUCAAGAAGAUCCCCGGCGGCUCGCUGACGGACUCGCUGUUCGUAAACGGCGUGGCCUUCAAGAAAACGUUUUCGUACGCCGGGUUCGAGCAGCAGCCCAAGACGUUCAAGAAGCCCAAGAUUGUGUGCCUCAACGUCGAGCUCGAGCUCAAGGCCGAGAAGGACAACGCCGAGGUGCGCGUCGAGCAGGUGUCCGAGUACCAGGCCAUCGUCGACGCCGAGUGGCAGAUCAUCUUCCAGAAGCUCGAGGCCAUCCACGCGACGGGCGCCAAGGUGGUGCUGUCCAAGCUGCCCAUCGGCGAUCUCGCCACGCAGUACUUUGCCGACCGCGACGUUUUCUGCGCCGGCCGCGUGGCUGCCGACGACAUGGAGCGCGUGGUGCAGGCGACGGGCGCCACCAUCCAGAGCACAUGCUCUGACAUCCGCCACGAGCACCUGGGCACGUGCGGGUCGUUUGACGAGCGACAGAUUGGCGGCGAGCGCUUCAACUUCUUCGAGGACUGCCCCGAGGCCAAGACGUGCACGCUGGUGCUGCGCGGCGGUGCCGAGCAGUUCAUCGCCGAGGUGGAGCGGUCGCUGCACGACGCCAUCAUGAUCGUUAAGCGGGCCAUCCGCAACAAGACCAUCGUGGGCGGCGGCGGCGCCGUCGAGAUGGAGCUGUCGGCCUACCUGCACCGCUUCGCCGACGACAAGGUCCCGCACAAGCAACAGGCCAUCAUCAAGAGCUACGCGAAGGCCCUCGAGGUCAUCCCGCGGCAGCUGUGCGACAAUGCCGGCUUCGACGCGACCGACAUCCUCAACAAGCUGCGCGUCGAGCACAAAAAGGGCAAGACCUGGGCCGGUGUCGACUUCGUCAACGAGGGCGUCGCCGACAUGAUGGAGCGCUUCGUCUGGGAGCCCGCGCUCGUCAAGAUCAACGCCAUCCAGGCCGCGACCGAGGCCAGCUGCCUGAUCCUGGGCGUCGACGAGACGAUCCGCAACGAGGAGAGCCAGGCGCCUCAGGCGCCGGGCCAGGCUCUGCCGCCCGGAGCUGCCCAGCGGGCGCUGCGCGGACGCGGCCGAGGCCGGGGCAUGCCCAGACGGUGA